AUGCCGACUGCGAGCCAGCAGCCGCUCCACAUCGUGUACGCCCUUGUUGUGGUGUACGCCCUCUGCUACCAGCUCCAGUCGCCGAUCGAGCCGUUCCUGGUCGCUCAGCUGUCCGAGGCCAACGCCGACGCCGCUGCCGAGUACGCGAGCCUUCGCACCUUCUUCAACUGUGUGCAGACCGUCGGCUCGUUUCUGGUCGGCUACAGCGCCGACGUGAUUGGGCUGCGCGCCUUGUUUGCCCUCAACUUUGUCGCGUGCGCUGCGUCCUACGGGCUGCUCUGGCAGGCGAGCAGCAUGGCCGGGCUCUACGCGUCCAAGGUGCCCACGCUCUUCAUGGCGGGCUUCCUGUGCGCACAGACCGCCGCCGCCAAGCUGACGCCGGCCGGGCCGGCACGAGCGGGCGCGCUUGGCCGCCUGACCACCGCCUACACUCUCGGCGGCGUGGUCGGGCCCGCGGUGGGUGGCAGGAUCGGCAACGAGGUGGCCGCGCCGCUUGCGGUGGCGGGCUCGCUGCUGGCGGCGUUGCUAGUGCUCCUGCUGCCCGCCGCCGUCGACAAGGAGGAGGCGGAGGAGGCGGGCGACGGCGCGGGCAGCGACCAGGGAAAGAAGGACGCGCCUCCUGCGGGCUCUUGGUUCUCGCGCAUGGGGCAGAUCCUGCCUGCUGUGUGGCCGCUGCUGCUGACCAAGCUCGCCAGCGGCGUCGCCAAUUCGGCGGUCGGCGCCGCGCGGCCAAUCGUGCUCAAGGAGCUCUUCUCGUUCGACCAGGCCGGGCUCGGAGCCGUCAUGUCGGCAGCCUUCUUCGGGAACGCCCUCGUCGGCCUCGCCCUCGGACACCUCUCCUCUGCCCUCGGAGGCGCACGCCGCACUGUCGGCUGCUGCCUCGCCGCUAUGGUCGCCGGCUACGCCGCCCUCGCCGCUGCAUACGCGCCAGAUGCCUCUGCGCCGCAGCUGGGCGCCCUCCCUUUCCUUGGCCUCUCGCUCGCGCUCUCACUGGCGCAGUUCCCGCUCGCAACCACCCUCACCGCCCUCUCGACCGCCGCCGUCCCUCCCCGCCUCAAGGGCACACUGGUCGGCGCAGAACACGCCGCAUUUGCCCUCGCCGGCAUGGUGUCGCCUGCGGCCGGCGUCGGCCUCUUCCGCGCCGCCGGCUUGCGAGGGGUCGCCUCCGGCGCCGCCCUCGUGUACGCCUCGCUCGUCGCCUUCUGGCUCGGCUCGGCCCGCGCGGCAGCGGCCGCAGCGGAGAAGAGGAAGGACGAGUGA